CAGUGGGUGCCGUGAGAGUGUGGCGGGCGGCCCACGCGGUGGAUGCUGGCUCAGGGCCGAGGGGCGACUGACUCCUCAUUCGCACAUCCUCUGCCUCGGGCCAGGCGUCCAGCAGACCCCACCGCGUCAUGUGGGCCGGCUGGUGGCUCUGGGCCCUGGUGGCUGCGUGCGCUGGGCAAACAUAUCGCCAGAAGGCAGAGACCAUCAUGCAGACAACGCCUGUCAUUGACGGGCACAAUGACCUGCCCUGGCAGCUCCUGAAAAUGUUCAACAACCAGCUGCACACGGGGGCUGACCUGAACACCCUGGCUGGCACGCACACCAACAUCGCGAAGCUCAGGGCCGGCCUCGUGGGCGCUCAGUUCUGGUCUGCGUAUGUUCCCUGUGACACUCAGAACAAAGACGCUGUGAAGAGGACGCUGGAGCAGAUUGAUGUCAUCCACCGCAUGUGUCAGGCAUACCCCGAGACCUUCAUGUGUGUCACCAGCAGCACAGAAAUCGAGCAGGCCUUCAAGGAGGGCAAGGUGGCCAGCCUGGUGGGAGUGGAGGGCGGCCACUCCAUUGACAGCAGCCUGGGCGUCCUGCGGGCAUUGUACCACCUGGGGAUGCGCUACAUGACCCUCACCCACAGCUGCAACACGCCCUGGGCUGACAACUGGCUGGUAGACACUGGGGAGGAUGAGGCUGAGAGCCAGGGGCUUUCAGAGUUUGGGAAGCGCGUGGUGAGGGAGAUGAACCGCCUGGGCGUCAUGAUCGACUUGGCCCACGUGUCGGUGGCCACCAUGAAGGCUGCCCUGCAGGUAUCCUCAGCUCCCGUCAUCUUCAGCCACUCAUCAGCCUACCACCUGUGUGCCCACAAGCGGAACGUGCCCGAUGACGUGCUCCAGCUAGUGAAUGCCACACGCAGCUUGGUGAUGGUGAACUUUUACAGUGACUACGUGUCCUGCUCGAAGCAGGCCACACUGUCUCAGGUGGCUGACCACCUGGACUACAUCAAGAAGGUGGCCGGAGCUCAAGCAGUGGGCUUUGGUGGAGACUACGACGGGGUAACCAGGCUGCCCGAGGGGCUUGAGGACGUCUCCAAGUACCCAGACCUGGUGGCCGAGCUGCUCCGGAGGAACUGGACUGAGGAGGAGGUCAAGGGAGUGCUGGCAGAAAACCUGCUGAGGGUCUUCAGGGAGGUGGAGCAGGUGAAAAACCUCUCUCGCUUCCCUGAGGAAGAGCCCAUCCCUCAGAACAUGCUGGGCGGCUCCUGCAGGACACAGUACGGCUACUCAGGGGCCCCUGGCCGCUUCCCCGGGCCAGGGGCCCUCCUGGCCUCCCUUCUCCUCAGCUGGCAUCUUCUGUGAUACCCAGGCGUCAGCAGCCGCCACGACCCCAGGAGUGCAGAGGAGGGGGCUAUGUGGGCGAGGAGCUGGGUCCCAGGAACCUGCACCCACACAGGUGCGGCUCCCCAGAAGGGGCCUGGUGCCUGCAGUGUUCCCAAUAAAGCCAUGGCCCCUCCACCUCU